AUGAUAACGUGUUUAAGUUACACCCCUGACUGUACUAGAAAGCGUAGUAUUAACGACCUUCAAACUAUUGCCCUAAAUCACAAUCUCACGAUUAUUGGCAAACCAAUGAUGCAAUCAAAUUUGCCUGAACGACUUAUUCGCGAAGCAUAUUUCACCUGUGAACAUAGCAAAGAGUGGAUAUCUACAUUAGCUAAAUGUGAUAACGUCAUAGAUUGUCUCGAUGCUUCAGACGAAGUCAAUUGUUCUCACGACAAAAUUGGAUGUGAUAAGAACGAAUUCUCUUGUGAUGACGGACAUUGUAUUAAAUUAAGUCACGUGUGCGAUUUUAUAUCUGACUGUGCGGACGGUACAGAUGAAAUAUGUGAAUACCAAAACUGUGAUGAAAAUGAAUUUCUUUGUGAUAAUAAACAGUGCAUUCAAUCAAAAAAACACUGCAAUGCUAUACCUGACUGUUUGGAUAAUAGCGAUGAAAAAAACUGUGAGUCUUGCAAGAAUUCAUUUUUGUGUUCUGGUGAUACCAAAUGUAUUCCUCUUCGUCUGAAGUGUGAUCAAUACCCUGACUGUACGGACAGGAGUGAUGAAUUUGCUUGCCAUUUAGAAAUUCCAAAAUCUGCUGAUUUAAGCGAUGAAUAUAUUUCUCUGACAAGAUGGAAAGUCUAA